AUGUCUACACCGGCACAAAAAGCCAAUCUUGCCCGGAUCAGAGACAAUCAGAGAAGAUCCCGGGCCCGCAGGAGAGAGUAUCUCCAGGAAUUAGAGCAAAGACUUCGAGUGUACGAGCUUCAGGGUGUCGAGGCGUCCUCGGAGGUUCAGCACGCUGCGCGGAGGGUUGCCGAAGAGAAUAGACAGCUUCGUGGUCUCCUUAACAGACAUGGAAUCGGCGACGAUUACAUAUCUAGCUACUUAACUUCUACAACGACGGCGCAGACAGACCCAGCAGCAGUAUCCCAUUUCACCUCCAACACACCGAGCGAGAGCGUUCAGUCUCUUCAGCAAGUCAUUGCGCCCAGAAGGCCUACGACUCUCGAAACAGGCAUGUCUUAUAUUGUUCCUCCCCAAGAGAGUCGCGAACCAUCUAUCGCCAGUGGAUCUACCAGUAGCUCUUCUCUCUGGGAAUCUGGCCAAUCUCUUCCGCCUGGCUCAGCAUAUGCCCAUACCCAUAACCAUGCCCAUGCCCAUGCCCAUGCCCGGCCACUCCCUUCUAACGUUCCUACGCCAGUACCGAGACACUCGAUCACUUCGGCGAUGCACCCACAGCAAUACACAUCGCAAAUGUUUUCUGACCCUCAAGUCUCACGAACGGAAAACUAUCAUCCUAUCAGUACCCCUGGAUCUUUGAUGGAUGAUCCUCGGCGGCAUAGCUAUUCUGUGGCACCCAUGCCUACAGAUGUCUCGUCAUCGUUGGGCUACAGUAUGGCGAUAAAUACUUUUCAUAACCCCGUAGGACAAGAUGGUGGUCCUCCUGGGCCGUGUUGA